AUGGAGAACUCGAGCGAGCCGAGCCUGGGCGCGUGGAGCGACUCCAGCGUGCAGUACAAAGUGAUCAGCACGGCGCUGCUGCUGCCGAUCUGCGCGGCGGGCCUGCUGGGCAACGCCAUGGUGGUCGCGGUGGUGCUGAGCGCCGAGCACAUGCGCACGCCCACCAACUGCUACCUGGUGAGCCUGGCCGCCGCCGACCUGAUGGUGCUGGCGGCGGCCGGCUUGCCCGCGGCGGCCGAGGGCGCCUUCGGCUCCUGGGUGUUCGGCCACUCGGGGUGCCUGUGCAUCACCUACCUGCAGUACCUGGGCAUCAACGCGUCGUCCUGCUCCGUCGCCGCCUUCACCGUCGAGCGCUACAUCGCCAUCUGCCACCCCAUCAAGGCGCAGUUCCUGUGCACGCUGUCCCGCGCCAAGAAGAUCAUCGCGCUGGUCUGGGCGCUGACCUCCGCCUACUGCGUGGUGUGGUUCUACCUGGCCGACCUGCAGGUGCUGGUCUACGACAACGCCACGGUGACGGCGUGCGGCUACCGCGUGCCCAGGAAGUUCUACCUGCCCGUGUACUUCUUCGACUUCGGGGCGUUCUUCGUGGUGCCGCUGCUGCUGAGCGCGGUGCUGUACGGCCUCAUCGGUCGCAUCCUCUUCCUCAACCCGCUGCCCUCCGACCCCAAGGAGGAGCGGCGGCGGCGGCGGCACGACGACGACGACGAGGGCGAGGGCAAGGGCAAGGGCAAGAAGAGCUGCAGGAACUGGCGACACUGCGGCUCCAGCUCCACCGCAGCCUCGCGCAGACAGGUGACCAAGAUGCUCGCGGUGGUGGUGGCCCUGUUCGCCGCGCUGUGGAUGCCGUACCGCACCCUGGUGGUGGUCAACUCCUUCCUGGACCGUCCGUACCUGAACGUCUGGUUCCUGCUCUUCUGCCGGGUGUGCGUGUACCUGAACAGCGCGGUCAACCCGCUCGUCUACAACGCCAUGUCGCAGAAGUUCCGCGCCGCCUUCCUCAAGAUCUGCCGCUGCGGCCGCAGGGGUCCCGACAGGCCGGCCGGCGCUUACGACGCGGCGCUGACCUACAGCGCCGUCAAGGGGUCGUCGGCGGCCGAGAGCGCCGACCGCUUCGCCGCCGACACGGAGGAGAUGACGGUCACCGACGAGCUGCUUUCGGAGCACGAGGCCGCCUUCGCCGGAUCCUCCUCGUCUCCCUCCUACGGGAAAGCGGCCUUCAAGAUGGAGGAUUGA